AUGUCGAUUAUGAUGGUGAUGGUAGUAAUGAAAUGGGGUAUUUUUCACCUCAUCAACCAUGGCAUUCCAUCUCAAUUACUUCAUGAUACUUACAAUAAUGGGCCUGAUGUUUGGGCCAUUGGGCUUAACCCCAGAAGAUACAAACAUAUUAAGCCCAAAACUGGGUGGAGUAAUGGCCCACUUCAGUUGAACUCAUACCCAACAUAUCCAGACCCAACCAAAGCAAUGGGCUUGUCUGCUCAUACAGACACAUCAUUCUCACUUUACUAUAUACCAAAAUGACAAUACUACUGGUCUCCAAAUCUACAAAGAGGGGAUUGGGUGGGUGUU